AUGUCGACUGUGCGAAGAACUGGGACCGGGACGAGCCGCCCUUCCACGUCCAGCACAUCUAGCAGACCUGGCGGGCCUUCUCGACCAAACGCUCCUGCGCCUACGGGUCCACGAACCAUCUCUGACAAGUCGCGCCGCAUCGAAGAGUUUGCUUCUUCGGACGACAAAUGUCCGCAAUGCAAGACCGACCGCUACCUCAACCCUCGUCUACGUCUGCUCGUCAGUCCAUGCUACCACAAGAUGUGCGAGUCGUGCAUCGACCGCAUCUUCUCGCUCGGCCCGGCGCCCUGUCCAGAAUGUGGCAAGAAGGUGUCCAAGAACCAAUUUACUGCUCAGACGUUCCAAGACUUGGGAGUGGAACACGAAGUGGCGGUCCGCCGCGGGAUGGCAAAGUACUUCAAUCGGCGUCAAGACGACUUUGUCGACCUCAAGUCGUACAACGACUACCUCGAAGAGGUUGAGGAGAUCACAUUCAACUUCAUCCACGAGAUUGAUCUUCCGCGCACCAAUGCCAAGUUGGAGCAGUAUCAAGCGGCACACCGAUCCGCCAUCGCCAACUCGGCGCAGAUCUCGCAGCAAGAGUCAGACCGACAAGCACGUAUGGACGAAGAAGAGAAGCAAGCAAAGAAGGCCCGUGCCGAGCGAGUGCGCAAGCAAGAAGAGAUAGAGCGUGGAGAACGUGAACAGGAGCGGCUCGAGAUGAUGCGCGAGCUUGAAAAGGGGGCGGAUCCAGACGAGGUGUUGGAAAAGCAGCGCAAGCGGCGGCGAGAACGUGAAGAGAGGCAGAGACGGCAGGAGCUCGAAGCAGCGCGACGCGAAAAGGAGGCAGCGCAGGCCGCAGCGAAUGGAGGCAAUGGUGGAGCCGAUGCUGUCGACCGCCGACCGUGGAGCCUGGACAUGCUGCUCGACUUUGAAGGCCCCCUGGCGUACCUGGACGAUGCGAGCGCGCUGUUCGAGGUCCGCAAAGCGCCAAUGGCAUUGGGUGGUCUCGAGGGCGUCAAGGGCGCAUCGGGCUACGAAGAUCCUUGGCUCAAACCAGAAUGGGUGACCAAGGAGCAGAUUGCAAGGUAUCGUGCCGGUGGAUUCGACUGGGAGCGCCAAGUAUGGACGCGUGGGAUUCGGGCCGCUUGUGAGGGUAUCGGUGCGGCGCCUCUUAGGGAUGAGGUCGUCGAGCGUAACCUUCCGAGCAUGGAGGUUGACGCUUGA